CUAUUUCCCAGGCUGCUCUCUGGAUGCAGGCAGGAAGGUUGAGUGUAUUACACUGGCCCCACCUCCAGAGGCUCUCUCUGCAGCCGCUGGACUGGACACAAAGCGUGAGAGACAGAGACACCAUCUCUGCUGAUUUGUACCUAACUGGUUCCUGUUGCUGAGAGCCCACGUGUCACAGAAGCCAGGGCAGAGGCCCCACACUGCUGUCUGCAUUUCCCAGGUAUCCUGAGCCAAGCAGGAUACUCCUCCUCAGAGGAGCAGGCAAUAGAAGCGCCUGAACAUCAUGGCACAAGUGGACUCCCAGGACAGGUGGGGAGAGGCGUCUCCUCUCAGCAGCUUGACUGAGGAGGCUCAUGACACCCAGAUGCUGAGCAUGAACUUAGAGAGUGACGAUGAAGAUGGUGGGGAGGCCGAAAAAGAGGGCACCGCUGACCCGGUGGCCUGUCCAAGGGGCAGCUCCCCAGUAACACACGAAAAUCCUGACUUGCCAUGGCCCCAUCCACUGGGCAAAGAGGAAGAGAAAUUCUCUGACUCCUCCAGUGCUGGGGGCAUGGGGCAGAAACCAGUGGAAAUGUCUGGGAAAGCCAGUUGGAGCAGAGAUGUGACAAAGAUCAAGGAGACCCAGGGUUCCCCGGGAGCAAGCAGAGCUCUGGGUACCCUUCCCAGUGGUCUCGCACACAAAUUGUUAGGUCAAAUGCAACCUCUUGGGGACCGACUACCUGCGGGUGAUGAUGGAGACUCGAGGGCAAACCAGGACGCAGUCUUGGAUGUCCCAUCCAGCUUCCCCAGCAAUGGAAAGUAUCUCUGUGCGCACAAAAGUGUAGACACGUCCGCAGGGAACUCUUCUCUGUUGUGUUUCCCCAGGCCGGGGAGCAACUGGGACCUUCCCACGCAAGAGACACAUACACCAGCCCAGGCGUCGGCCACCCCAGCCAGCCUGGCUGCCGCGGUCCUGGCAAAAGCGCGGAACAGCAGGAAAGUACAGAACCAGGCGGGCCGGCGCGAGGGCGGAGAGGCUGAGGCGCGUCCCUACAGGUGCCUGCGGGGCGGGCGGGCCUUUCAGAAGCCCAGCAAGCCGCUGAGCCCCGCGGAGACGCGCGGCGGCGCCGCCAAGCGCUACGCGUGCGAGCUAUGCGGGAAGGCCUACUCCCACCGUGGCACACUCCAGCAGCACAGGCGCCUGCACACGGGCGAGCGGCCCUACCAGUGCUCCUUCUGCGACAAGGCCUACACCUGGUCCUCCGACCACCGGAAGCACAUCCGCACCCACACAGGCGAGAAACCCUACCCGUGUCCAGACUGCGGGAAGGCCUUCGUGCGCUCUUCGGACCUGCGCAAACACCAGCGCAACAUGCACAGCAACAAUAAGCCCUUCCCGUGCUCCGAGUGCGGCCUGACCUUCAACAAGCCGCUGUCGCUGCUGCGCCACCAGCGCACGCACCUGGGCGCCAAGCCCUUCCGCUGCCCCGCCUGCGACCGGGAGUUCGCUGUGGCCAGCCGCAUGGUGGAGCACCAGCGCGUGCACUCGGGCGAGCGGCCCUUCCCCUGUCCCACCUGCGGCAAGUGCUUCACCAAGUCCUCCAAUCUGUCCGAGCACCAGACGCUGCACACCGGCCAGAGGCCUUUCAAGUGCGCUGACUGCGGCGUGGCCUUCGCGCAGCCCUCGCGCCUCGUGCGCCACCAGCGCAUCCACACUGGCGAGAGGCCCUUUCCUUGCACGCAGUGUGGCCAGGCCUUUGCCCGCUCUUCGACCCUGAAGCGGCACCAACAGAUCCACUCCGGGGAGAAGGGAUUCCUCUGUGCCGAGUGCGGCAGGGCCUUCCGCAUUGCCUCUGAGUUGGCCCAGCACAUACGAAUGCACAACGGAGAGAGGCCCUACCAGUGUGAGGACUGCGGCCAGGCCUUCACCAGGUCCAAUCACCUCCAACGACACCGAGCCAAGCACGGCACCUGCAAGAAGGAGCCCAUCCCUUCCUCCUCUGACGAGUGAAGAUAGCAUCGUCGACCUCACUACUUGGAACCUUCCCAGGUGGACCCACUCGCAUGGUAUUGCCAGCCUCACUGGUCAGCCUCGCCUCCCAGUAGGUCGCGGGUCAUGAGUGGUCUAUUUGAUUAUUUAUUUGAUCCCUUGAACAGAAAGUCACCACCGAGAGAGCACGCAGGUGGGUGGUUUCACAUCAGUGGUUCUGAGUGUCCGAGGUCAUAAGCAAUUGGAAAAGGGAAAGACAAAGUAGUGGGAGCUGAUCAAACGUUGAGUUCCUUGGGUUGGGGAACCUGAAUCAAUCAGAAACUGCUUCUAGAAUUACAUGCUGGGCACUGGGCAGGGCUCCAGGGAUAAGGUGGGGAAAAAGACUAACCUGUCCUACCCUCAAAGCCAUAUGCAAAUACUGAAAAGAAGGCAUGAGGGGCUGGUCCUCUUUAGAGAAAGAUGCUUUUUGGUUUUUAUAUAAAUAAAGGAAUCCCCAGAAGUGGUCCCUGUGAUGAACUCCCCCGAAGCAACGCCGUUUUUGGAGGAACUCAAACCCAGUCCAACAUCCCAUCAUUUCACUUGACUGCAGAAAUGGCUUUACCCUUAGGAUAUAUCUUUAUGAGUCUUGGCUUUGAAGUGGAGAAGGGCUUUAUCUUAGAGAAGGUGGUUUAUGUCAUAUUCCAGUUAUUCUAGAAGUUCAGGACAGCCUUAGCAUCUGAAAAAGAAGCCCAUUCCUCUUUAUAGUGGAAUUUAGUAAGUAGAUCUAACCCGAGUCUCCCCCACAGAAUUCAUAUAAAUUCAUAUAUGCCUUCUCUCUGGCUGCCUCUUUUCCUGUUUGCACUCUGAGGGCUUAAGUCAUAUGUGAUAUUUACAAAGCAAUUGGCCCAUUUACAGAGAGACAUAUAUAAUUUCUCCACAAAGGCUUGACCAUGGUUCAUGAAACCGUUUGGGUUCAUUUAAAUUUGUCUGAAUCGUUAGUCUUGACUUGAAGUGAACAAAACACCCUUUGCCCAAGUGCCAUUGGCUUGUCUGCAUUUCAAAAUCAUUAAAACCAGGUAUGGAAGCCUACGUGCUCACAGUUAUCUAAUGAGGUUAUUUCAAAGUUUGCAUUACUAACAGCCAUUCUGCAAAGUGUAUUGAUGCGUAUAGUGAUCUGUAUAAAGUCAGUAGUUUUUAGCUGAACCUCAACUGUGAGGAAUCUAUGACUCCACAGAUGUCCUUGGUGCACAUAGGCAAACGGCACUUCUCAUCUUACUGAAGUUAAAUAAGAUAUUCCAUAAGAAGGUAUAGUGCCCUUUUUGGGGGAGUACCUUUAGUAUAUUCCUAAAAUUGCCACCAAAGAAUGCCAAAUCUGAAUUUCUCUUGGUUUCCGCCUGAUUUGGAACUAGGGUGUGACCUCUAAAUAGCAUUCUCAUGACACAUGGGGGCGCCAAAGAGAAGUAAGAGAGAUAGCUAGAUAGCUAGAUAGUCUUGUGUCUUGUUUGACCAAGGUAACCUUAAUAAAAGAGUCCCUCCCCAUCCUUUACUGUUGAUGGGACCUUGGGCUUCAGUUUCUGCAUCUGCAUUGGCAAAAUAGAAAUGAUAGUAGUAGGUAAAAGUUAGAGUGAUCCUACUAUAUGACGGAAACUUUGGCUGGAUGCAAGAGCUUUAAAUUGGUAGAAAAGUCACAAGAUGAGCUUGUGACUAUGAAGAGAGCAAAAGCUAAAUUUUUUUUCUAGAUAAUCAGUAAAAUAUUUGAAGACUGAAGGAUUACUCCUUUUCAUUGUAUCCUUUCUUGAAGAUGGUCAUUAGUAUAGUUUUUACAAAUUAAAAAAUUUGGUUUUGUUUUAUAAUUUUUAUGGAGUUGUUCGCCAAAGCCUGGUUGCAUAGGAGUCACCUGGGCUGUUUGUUAACCAUAUAACUUGCUGAACCCUAACCUUGAAUACUGAUAAAGGUCUGCAGUGUGGUAUCUAGGUAUGGCUUCCACAUGGGCAUAGCUUUGGAGAAGGAGUGAGCGUACUUGUUAAUAGGCAGAAAUGCUGGAUUUGCUUGUGCUGGGUAUCUUUGGUGCUGUAUACUAUGUUUCUGGAAUAUAAGGGGUAGAAUGUACUGAACAGGUCCAAGAGAAGUUCAUUAGUCCUUCAGGCCUUUCACAAAACAACUCAGAUUUUAAGGAAAAUUGUCCCAACCAGUCUUUUCUCACAUCAACUGCAAGGGUCAUGCUGAGUAGGUAUUAGAGAAGAAAGGAAUCCCAUUGGAACCAGUAGUCACAGAUCACUGGACCAGACAGUGGUACACAAGUAGAAGGCAACAGUACAUGGAGUGGACAAAAGAGAAGCCAACCAGCUGUGAGGUGGCUUGGGACAAAUUCUGCCCAGUAGAGUCUGUCCAUUCAGAGUGGGGGUAGUUGAGUCACAUCUUUGGAGAAGAAUCAAUGCUUGAAGACAGGUUAUUCUGUCUUGCAUUUGUGCCCCAAAUUAUGCCGAGCUACUUUCUGGUUUUCUAUUAACCUACUGUACAUCACAGCACACAAUCUUAUUUCUCUGUUAUGUAAUUAAAAAUCAGGGUAAAGCCAGGUGUGGUGGCUCAUUCCUGUAAUCCCAGCACUUUGGGAGGCUGAGGUGGGAGGAUUGCUUGAUCCCAGGAGUUUGAGACUAGCCUGGGCAACAUAGUGACACCCCCAUCCCUUUAAAAAAAAAUUUAAAAAUGAGCCAGGUUGGCCAGGUGCGGUGGCUUAUGCCUAUAAUCCCAGCACUUUGGGAGGCUGAGGUGGGUGAAUCACCUGAGGUCAGGAAUUCGAGACCAGACUGGCCAACAUGGUAAAACCCCAUCUCUACUAAAAUUACAAAAAUUAGCUGAGCAUGGUGGCAGGUGCCUGUAAUCUCAGCUACUCGGGAGGCUGAGGCAGGAGAAUCGCUUGAACCCAGGAGGCGGAGGUUGCAGUGAGCCAAGAUCACACCAUUGCACUCCAGCCAGGGUGACAAGAGUGAAACUCCAUCUCAAAAAACAACAACAAAAAAAAUGAGCUAGGCGUGGUGGCACACACACAUAGUCCCAGCUACUGGGGAAGCUGAGGCAAGAUGAUUACUUGAGCCUAAGAGGUGGCGGCCGCAGUGAGCUGUGAUCAUGCCACUGCAAUUCAGCCUGAGUGACAGAGUGAGAUGCUGUCUCAAAAUAAAUAAAAUAAAAUAAGGGCAGGGCCUUCUUUGUGACAAAAAGAAUUUAAAGCUUCUCUCUGGGUUAAUGCUAUUUCCACAGUACAGGUUGCCAAAAUUAAUUUGAAUAUACCCAGUAAAAAUGUUCAUUUAUAAGUUUCCACUUAAUAAAAAUUCCCCUGAUGGGUUCACCAGUCUAUAGUGCUCAUGACUUGUAUU